AUGAUUUUAUAUAUAUUUUUGUUACUGUAUUCGAUACGAGAACAGUUUUUGAUUGAUGGUUAGUUUUUUUUUGUAUGGGGGUUUUGUGAAAAAUGUUUAUGGGUUUCUCUGAUUAUCCUUAAUGAAACAAAAAAAAUUCUAGUAUUCUGAAAAAAUAUUAAGGUUGUUUUCAACUCAAAUUUUUUAUGUGAAAUUUAUAAACAAUCUGGAAUUUUACAGUGUUUCAAACGAUUUUCCAAACACUGUUGGGACAUAGGAUAUUAGAGUUUCUAAUUUUUCUGAACAUUUUUUAAUUUUUUGUUUGUGUAAAUAUUUUUUCUCUAACACGAAAAGUUAGUAACUUAUUUAUUGAAACAAGUUUAAAAUACUAAUUCAAUCAUUUAUGAAGGAUAAUGUUGUCACGCUCAUUCGAAAAUCUAAUUAAUUUUUUGUCUAAUUUUAAAUCACCAAAAAAACGCUCAUAUGGUUUUCUAAAAAUAUUUUUUUACUAACUCUUGGGCUCUUGAUUUUUUCUGGACACAAUUCAGUGUUUUUAAACGGAGUAAGCAGAAGAACUUUUUUCUUUUUAAGGGCCAGCACAUGAUGUUCUUCAAAAAUGUUGAAAAUUUAAUUUAGAAAAAUGGCAGACUUCCUAUUAUCACUUUUUUGAUUUUUUCUCCGUUGAUUUUCAAAAUUGUUUCUUUCUUGGAUAUUCACUCAUGGUAUCAUCAAGCACAAUUUCUUUUUAUUAACUUUUUCAAUUAAUUUUGUCCUUCGAAAACCGUCUCCUCUCCAACCCAAUCAAUCUUGAAAGUCCAAAAAUCUAAUUUUUCUCAUUAGCUAUAAUUAGUGAUCUUUGAAAGCGCAUCGAGACUUUGUCUCGACUUUCCUCUCGCCAUCGCAGUCAGGUUUAGGUUCCUAUUUAAUUAUAAUCGGUUCAUAUAUUUUUAAUAACAUAGGUCAAGCUAAUUACACUUUCUAACCGGUUUACAUAGUUCACAUCGAAAAAAAACGAAAAAUGCUUGGCGUUAACCGGAAAAAUAUUUUCAGCAUGUUUAUCAAAUCAAGGUGGAUGUUCUGUAGCUUCUUAUCGAUAUAAUUCUGAUUGUCGACAACAAUUUGAUAGUCAAUCACAUAUUGGAAAUUAUGGGCAACAAUAUUCCAGCGGAUCUUAUAAUGGUAGAAAUUUUCUUUGAAAAAACUGAAAACUGAACACUGAUAAAUUGUUUAGGUUUUCUUGGAGCAAAUGUGAAAGCUCGUGCAUAUUCCGAACAUCGAAUAAAUUCCGAUUACGCUAAAAAAGAUACAGAUCUUCAAUGUUUAUCUGUCAAUAAUUGUAGUUGGCAAAAUACUGUUGAAGAUGAUUUGGAUUGGGUUCUUGGAGAAGGAAGAGUUGAUUCGAUGAAGCUUUCAUUGAUUACUGGAUCACAAUCACUUCCAGGAAAUUUCGGUGAAGUUUUUUCUAACAAAACUCUCAUAAUAAUUAUAAUUUUUGCAGAUCAAACAUUUUUUAUACUCGCUUCAAAUCCUCGACCUUCUUCACAAGAUGGACAUCUUGUUUCAAUGCCUAUUGGAUGUCAGAAGAAUCCAGGAAUUCUGAGUUUUCGAUUUUGGAGAAGUCGUGCGCGAACUCUUGGCUCUGAACCAAUUCUUGAUAUUUGCACAAGAAAAGUGUUGGCACAAGAGCUGGAAAAUUGUAUGGCUGUAAUCCCUACAGAUAAUCAUACUGUUAUAGCAAGUAUUCCACCAAUCAUCGAACCUUUUGUCAUAGUUCUACGUGGAUAUAAUUUCAUCAAUGAGCCUGAAGGAGGACUCAUUUUAUUGGACGAAAUUGAAUAUUUUUCUGAAGUUGAGCAACCGGAGAAAUGUGUUAUCCCAAUAAAAUCCACAGAAUUAGAACCAUUUGGGGAAUCUGAGGAUGAUGAGGAAGAAGAAGAAUAUGAAGUUACUGAUGAUGAAGUUCAGAAAAAUGUGAUUUCUGGAGACACACCACAAAACCCCGGAAAAAUUUUAUCGCACGAUGUAGUUCAACAAGCUGCUCCAACAUUAGUGAAUGCGUCAAGGGAAUUGAUUUUAGUUGAGAACAAUGAUUCAAAUAAUGAUCUUGAUGAGAAUGAUUGUCGGUAAGUUGUUCAAGAAUUCUGAGGAUUCUGAAAAAAACUAUAUUUCUUAGAACUCUUCAAUGUCUUAUGGAUGAACCGGAUGCUCAAUGUGAUUAUAAAAGAUCUGGAAUUGGCGCAAAGGGUGAAGGUUAUUUUGUUGGCUGGAAAAUUACAUCAAUAGUGAAUAACAAAGCUAAUAAGUUGACCGGAAUUCAUAUUACUCCGGGAAAAGAUACAGGUACUCACAAUCAGACAGUAUUUUUUCUCAAAAUUUCAUACAUAUUUUUCAGAUUCCUCAUUUCUUGUCGCUGAUUUCACUGGUUUUCGAAAAUAUCCCAAAGAAAAACCAGCAGAUCGUUAUGUUCUCGAAGCUCCAGAGUUUACGGUUAGCGACUCGCCUGAAACAUACCUCGGAUUCAAAAAAUAUUUAUACACAAAAGGAUUAUUUUUGUCAGUUUGUGAAGAUGGACAAGGAAAUCAUUGUUUUUGGAAUGUUUAUGCAAAUAGUUCGGAACCAUUUGCUAGAAAAUGGACAAAGGAAAUUGUUCGUUUGCCGCAAGAAUUGACUACGGUAAGAGAGAAGAAAAAAAGAAGAGUGUUAAUAUAAAAAUCAUAUUGAUAUUCAAAUUAGGAUUUCACGAUUAUGGUGGGAAGUUUUUUUUAAUGUAAAUGUGGGAAACAGCGAGAAAAUCGUUUUUGAAAAACGAGUUACAGAAAGUCUCUCUCAUAAUUAUACUGGGAAGAAAAAAAUCAAAGUUGUGAAAACACUUUUGAUUUUCUAAAUUUUCACACAGCCAUAGAAUUUUUAACCAGAUUUUCCACCUCGUUUUUUUCCUUUCGAAAUAAACAUUUCAUCGAAAAACUCAAUCAAUAUCCGAUAAUUAUUGCAGUUUUUCAUAAUUGCCUGGCAAAAUACAUCAAGCGUGCAGAAUUUUGGCCAAAUUGGAAUCACCGAAAUCGGCCUCUAUAUGGAUUCAAAAGCAACUCAACCUCUCUGUUAA